AUGUCUAAAGAUAAGCACGGAAACAAGCACGGAAACAAACACGGAAAGAAAAAGGAGAAGUCCACGGAGAAGAAAAUUAAGAAGGGAUUGAAGAAACUGCUCAAAAUAUUCUGUGCUGCUGCUCAAGACUACCAACAAAAUCAAAACAACCAAAACAAUCAGGACGAUCAAAGCAAUCAGGACAACCAAGAUGAUCAGGGUUAUCAAGUUUACGUUUACCAAACGAACUAA